GCGAAUUACAAACGUAACACACCACUUAUAUCAUAAAUACAUCAUGAUUUCGACCCAAAGUUCGGGUGCUGCGCGUUCCCGUGUACCUACCUAUUUUACGGAAAAUAUGGAUACUCCCUUGUUCCCGUGAGUGUCCCGAUUCGCAGCUCGCGAGAAUCGUAUCCGCCCGCUUGUGUCCGACGUCCGCAUUCGAGUGCGUCUCCAACUGCGUCGCGGUGCAUCGACCGACCGACGGACGUUCGAGCCGGGCGCAGUGUCUUGAUCGACCAACUUCGCAACCGACGGUGGCUCGAGAUUCUUCAGACUUGGUUGGCAGAAUGUUCUCCAAACGGCCGAGACGGUUGAUCUUUCUGAAAAGUAGCUCGCAAGGUGAUCGUCGCUUAAAUUACGUCUAAAAGGAUCGACUCACGAGAGCGCGAGGACUUGUCGUUCGAUCGGUCUCGAUAUCCGCAAGAAUGGACGAUCUGCUGAAGGAGUUGGAAGCCCUAAAAAUUAGGAGCGAUUUCUGCGAGGAUAAUUCCUCGUGGACACCAUGCAUAGACUUGAUUCAGAGGAGUUUUGCGCCGCAGAAGACGGUCGGGGUGGAGCGUCCAUGCGAGGAGAAGGAUUUCAGAGAGUACAGAUUCGUUGUGGAGAGAAACUUGCGUAACGUUAGGUCUAUGCUGCAACAUAUUUCCAGCAGUUGCAGAGAGAAACGCUUGCAGCUGAACAAUGCCACAGGGAUGGUCAGAGCAUUUGGCAUGAACCUCUUGCUGCUCAUUGGAGAACACAGCGAAAAGAACAUUUGGAAUACAGCCGAGUGUGUCUCUAUUUCCAAAGAAUUGCUUGCUGGUUUCUGUGAUCUGUACACCUGUCAGAGCGUUUCCCAAUUUUUGUCGGAGAAUGAGAAUUUGCGCGACUUGUUGUUAACGUUAAGACCUAAAUUACUGAAAGACACCUGGAAAACUUAUCCGUCAGCCGUAGCGUGUUACAGAUGGAUUUUGCACGAGGCAGAAAAACCAAUUUUGUUUAAUUAUAUCGGAGAUGUUUUGCCCACUGCACUAAUUAUUCUCGAUGACUAUUUCCCUGAUAAUGUAGUAAUAGGCCUGGAAUGUAUUUACCAGAUUAUACAGCAUUCUUACAUGAAAAAAGGGCUGAUAGACUCUGGUUAUGCUAAACUGAUUUAUCAUGCUUUGGAACAUUUAACCCACCAAAAGGAAGUGAGAUACGUUAUUCCUUUGUAUUCCUGCAUGGCAAGUCUUUUAGCUACUAUGGAACAUUGGGAUAAUACCAUAAAUCUAUUUGAGUGGACAACACGUGAUGAAGUUCUCUCUACCUUGAUAGGGAACAUGCAACUCGAACAGAACAUUGAAUUACGGCAUGUAUACAUGUUGAGUUUACCUCAACUCAUUACAAGUAUAGGCUGUGCCAAAUGGUGUGGAGCGCUCAUUCGCAUACUGGCCGAAUACUGCGAACAUCAUACAGAUUUAAGGACAUUAAAGGCAACAUUAGAGACCGCAAAGACGUUUCUCUUGAUGUUCCGCCUGCGAGUGGCUGCACACUGUGCCCCCCUUUACACCGUAUUCUUGAAGUUGCAUUUUGAUCUAACCGAGACACCAGUAUUCGAUCGAGCGAUCAUGCAGAAUCUGGAGGAUUGCAUUUGCAUGUUAUACCAGUUAUCGCCGAAUGUAGGCUAUACUGUAAUUAAUGACGAUCGAAUGCGUUCGGUACUCAACAGUAGCCUGCCGGUCGUAUGCCAGGGCGGUGAUAUCAAGUAUUUCGAAUAAUUUACGAGACGUGCGACAGUCGCAUAUUUGUAUAUACAAUGUAUUCUAUGUAAUUUGUGUGAAAAUGCGCUCAUAGAAAUAUAUUCUCUGUGUAAACCUCUAUAAUGCAGAGAUAAAAAGCGAAGCGCAAUAGGUACUUAUAUAUUUUAUUUGUGAUGUAAAGAUAUAUCAAUAUACAUUAUUUGUAAAGUAAACGUUUUAUUUGUUAGAAUACAUUUAUUUUAAUUAUUAGCUCUUUGCGAUAUAUAUACAUGAUUACGAAAAAAUCGAGCUCCUACGAGAGAUCGCGCACACAUGCAACUUCUUAAUCGAUUGUGACUAAUAAUGAUUGUUGAGUAAUCGUGUAAUAGUUGAAGAAUUGUCCGGAUAAUACUGCAAUUUAACUUAUGUAACUUGUAACUCAAUAUAUAAAUUUUGAAUUGCAUGUAAUCGGAUCGUCCAAUUGCUUUUUACAUUUUACUUUUUGUCUUUGGAUCUCCAAAGCACAAGUUAUUUCUUUCAAAUUCGAAGAACUGUAAGUAAAGGUGUCGAUAUAUUUAUCAAGAAGUGAAUGUUUGUUCCGCCAAUGAUAAUCAACAAAAAGGUGCAUAUAUUUAAUCGACUACUAAUUAGCAAUAAUUACAUAGUUCUCACGACGUUUCGACCCAGGAUUCGGGUCCUUCUCAAGUGAUCUGAUGAUGAAAAUGUACCAUCGUCAAACGAUUCUCAGUCAACAGUUCAUGAGAUUUUCACAAGAGUGGCAGAGAAUGUUUUCCAAUGGCACCGGUUCGUCUCAUGCUCGCUGAGUUACAUUAUAUCACAGAACAGCAAGCAAAUUAAUGUUAACGCUAUGGACGACGGAAAUGUUCGUUUCCUGGGUCGAAACGUCGUGAGAAUUAUGUAAUUAUUGCCAAUUAGUAGUCGAUUAAAUAUAUGCACCUUUUUGUCGAUAAAUAGUUGUAUGUGCCGUGGAAAUCUCAGUUGGGAUUGUUUGCUUACAGAGUUCGGUUGAUAAAACAAUUAAUCUGAAAGUUACACAUGAGAGUUAACUUUUAAAAACAAAACAAAGCGGAUAUCUCUUCUGUCUUUUUCUGUGAAAAAUGUGAUUUAUUAUUACUAUGUAAUAAUUAGUUGGAUCUAUCUCUUUA